AUGGCAGCUCGCCAAUCAACACCAACGUCGGACUCGCAUUCGGAUAGCAAUGUUCGGAAAAGAGUAUGCAAAGCAUGCGAUCGGUGUCGUCUGAAGAAAUCCAAGACGCUGAUCCCCCAACGGUGUGACGGAUCCAGUCCGUGUUCCCGGUGUCGGGCAGAUAAUGCUAUCUGUGUCUUUGGAGAGCGUAAGAAGGCGCAUGAUAAAGUGUAUCCCAAGGGAACAGCAACAAUCCUGGCUGGUCCAUGGCCUUCAGGAACUAUAUCGACGCAACAUCGAAGGCGAAGGCUGGCCCGGCGAGCAGUUGAAACUCGAACCCAACGGGCACCCCUCACUCACGACCUGCUGAUGCGCCUCGGUGCUCUCGACGGCUCCAAGGGUGAACGCUUCGAAGAAAACCCCGAAGCCCUUCAGCAGGAUCUCUGGCAUACCAAUGCCGGCAUGCAACGCCAGGAAUCCUCCGACGGUGGCUCCGAUAGCCCGCAAUCACCAGUGGCCCGCUCGCGCUUCUCGUCCGAUGCUUUCUCCCAGCAUAUGCCCCCCACACCCCCGACGUAUAGUCCCACGACCCGUGCGCCCAUCAAGACCGAGCCUCAACCUCAGAUGCCCAACACUCCACAGUUUACCCAACCCAUGUCCAUGCAAGGGGUGGUCAACCCACUGGCUUUACAGGGUCCACAGCAAUGGCCUAGUAACGGCUUCAAUCCGUUCGAUGAGAUGGAUCUGAUGUCUACGGAUUACUCCAAUCUGCCAUUUGACGAUCAACAGUUGUCCCCCAUGUUCAAUCGCCCGGCACCUAUGAACUGCUUGUCUCAAGGAUCCUAUCUGGAUUCCAAGAACGAUUAUGAGGAUUUCAACCAAUUCCUCAAUCCCAAUCCUACGGAGAUCACCUCGAUUUGA